ACACAAGAGUUUGAUCCUAUUGCAUCAGAAUAUAUGGACAUUGAUCAUUACACGCUUAAAGAUAAAUAUUAUGAUACAAUGAUUACUAAUGAUUACUAUAUUAGAUAUUUACCCAGUCUUUCACAAAUUAUGCGAGCGGGCGGGUAUAAUCCAAAAUUUACUUAUGAACGAUCACUUCAGGGUGCAUUUUCUGGCAUUUUUUCAUUCACAAAAUCGGAAGAUUCUUCAUGA